CAUUACUUGUGUAGUACAUGUGCAGUUAGUGAAAAUAUAUUGUACUAGAUUCGUACUCGUGUUAAUUCGUACUUUGUAAAUUGAUUUUUUUUCAGUUCAUUAUCUUAAAAGCAAUGAAUAUUUAUAAAUGUUAGUGAAACAUGAAUAAAAUGAUUGCAGUAUAUUAGUAUAAUGAGAAAAUGGUUGCAGUCUUGUACUGUGAUACAGCUCAUAAUUGUAGAUGUUAACCAAUCCCUUUGAAAAUAAAUUCUUCCACCAUUGGUGUGAAAGGAGAAAACCACAGCAGGCAUUUUUUAAAAAGAUAAAUGGUAAAGGUAAGCAUUAUAUGAUGUGCAUAUAAUCGACAUACAAUGUCACAUUAUGCAGGGAUAUAAAUUAACACUCAGACCCUAUUAGCCAUCUGGGCUCCUUACAGGCAAAUUCUAGGGGCCCAGCCUAAAAGUUAGGGGCCCAGCUAUUAUUAGCGGAAAGAUAUACUAACAGUGGUUUAGAUCGACAUACUUAAUAAGUCUUGUAAUUUGCUUCCUGCCAAAAUACAUCAAUUUCUUAAAUAUAAUUACAGAACACUCAUCAAACUCACACUGUAAAGGAAAGUUGUAAUCAACCAGUGCAUGACGUUCUAAAUAUAGGGCACAGCCUUUCAAACACAGAGACACACUUAAAGUUUGAAUGAUUUUUGCAGCACUAGAGGGUUUGGGUUGUUUAUGGGCAUUUUGAUAGAGGCUGCACGCUUAUGGACAUCUGAAUUCUAGUAUUUUGUUACAUUGUCGAGUUACAGGACUCGCAACCCGUCACGAAAUUAUUAAUUGUACAAAAAGUACAAACCAUGUUGAGGUCGGUGUUCUAUGCAGCCGCGGUCUGUUACCAGCCUAUUUUUCAUUAAAAGUCCUCAUUGGCCUUCAGGUCUUUUAAUAAUCCUGAUAAUAUUUCCUUUUGUCGCCGCGACCGGUUGUUCUAAGCUCUUUAACAACCUUCAAUAAACCUCUACUUUCUAGUGCUGUAUUUCUAUGGGCGCAGCCAUUAUUAGUGACGGAGUAAAUGAUCCGCGUAUUCCGAUUGGUCGUAGUAUAUAUCGGUAAAUUUAAUUGGUCGAUUUAAGUGACGUAGUGCAUAUUAAUAAGACAGUCUCGGGAAAACCCAGAAUAUUGACAUUAGGAGAAUCCAAAGCCAUUCGCCGGCUGGGCGACUAUUUUGGAAAAUUGACUCGACCAGCUUCAAAUCUGGUCGCACUGGGCGACUGGGCGAGUGUUAAUUUAUAUCCCUGUUAUGUGACGUACAAAGCCCUUGUGCAACAAACCAAGUAUCCGGUAACAGUUUUUUCCUUUAAAAAUUCUUAUUUUACCUUCUGGUACAACCUGUUAAAUAUUUGGUGACAAGCAAGGGAGUUACCAUUACCAUUUUAUAUGUCUUUGGUAUGAUCCAACUACCCCUGAGCUCCCAAACUCAAAGUGAACACUAUCAGAAAGCUAUUGAGGCAGUUACAAGUCCAGCUAAUAUGAUGUUUAAGAUGCGCAUUGUAAUUUUAAGAUGGUUAUUUCCCCUCGUGUUUUAGAGGGAUGGCAACUUUAAAAUAUCAGAAUCAUAAAUUAAGUCAUCCCAAAGGCUGAAGGAGUUAAUCUAUUUAGGCCGUAUCCAAACAUUGCAUCUGAAGACUGUACUUUUGAAGAGAAAAUGAUUUUCAAAACACUGUCCAAUGUCUCCAAAUAUUUCUCACAGUGGACAAAACCCAGAUUGUGCACUGUCAGACAGUGAGAAGAGCAGAUGCAGUGGUCUGGCAGUUACACUGUCUGGCUGCAAAACAUUGUUAAAGGAUUGUGAUCUCCUGCUCCUCCAACUAAAAAAUUACAGACAUUGGAAGUUCCAUGUAUGGGUGCAUUACACCUGGUACAGCUUCUGGAAUUGGAGCAUCCUGUAUUAUAAUUAGGGCUGGAUCAAUAUACCAGUAUAUCGAUAUGAAUUGAAUAUUCAUGUUUACACCAAUACGCGUAUCGGCUUUCUUAGUGUAUUGAUUUAUUCAGUGAUGCCCCUUUUAACACAAAAUAAAAUCAAACUUCUUCAUUUUUUAUCACUUUACAAUAAAAUAUUCAGAGAAAUUAAAAGAAAAGUACAAUUUUGUAACCUCGGGCCGCCAGUAUAUACCAAAACAGUCAUUGCGUAAACCACUUUUUGUUUUGACAAGCAUGACGUCUCAUGUAAACCAAGCACGUGAUUUAAGGAAAUCUCGCUUUUCACUGGCUUUUAUUUUUAUUCUCGCACUGACUGGAAAUUACCACAGGUGGCAGUAACGUAUGGGUCCAUGAGCCAUAUGCACUUAAAUUUAUUACAAUUAUAAUGUUUUCUUAGGAAAAAAAUGACAAAAAGCCAUUUUGAAAAAAAAUUUGCACCUCUGACAAUGAGCCUUGAGAAAGGUAAGUAAGAACAGUUUGACAUGUGCAUUGCUUCCAGGUCCGUAUUUUUUUUUUUCAAAAUAAUAUUUCCUUAUCAAUGAUUGGCAGUCUUUUGAGCAAAAGAAUAAUCUUUCAGAAAAACCUUACUUCAAAGCUCAGUUCCAAAACGUGUUAACGCAUCUCGAGCGAGCAAUGGCGUACGAAACGGUAGUGUUUUCUCUGUCCGAAUAAAUCCCACACAUUUUUCGCACCGAAGUCUCCCCCCUACGGUCAUGUUACCCGAAAUAAACAAUUAUUUUGGACCUGUCAUGUUGUAGCUUUGAAGUUAUAGGUCCCACUAGAUGUUGUAUUGAUCCUUCUUUAUUGGAAUACAUAUCGUAUCGAUUUUUUCCAUUCAAUACACAGCCCUAAUUAUAAUUAUAUAAUUUUGCACUUUCCUCCCUCUGUAAUUGCUAAAACAGUAUUCUGGAGGAGUCUCCCAUAUAAGUUGAUGGUGGUUGAACCCAGGUUCACAUGGUUACAUUUGACUAACUUUUAUUGUAGCAAAAGAAGUUCUAAAUGUAUAGAUCGCCAGAGGUCCCUCUACUUUGCAACUUCCACUUUUUACUUCAUUAAUUAAUUAAAAAAAACCUGUGUAUAUUAUUUCUAAACACCUACCUACUAAUUUUGGGGACAUUAACACUAUAUAAAGGAAUAGUGUCUUUUUAGGUCUGAGAGAUAUUAACAGAAUGUGUUUGCAAGAAUAGAGUUAUAUAUUUUCAGUGUAGUAUGACUGAAAUUUCUUAUGAGUAUUUACACUGUCACAAUGUCUGAAUUUGUUGUAUUUGAGUUUUCAGUUUUAGGAGUCAUGAAGAAUGUGUUACGAAAAUUUGGGACACAUGCUGCUGUAGGAAGACGUGUUGUGGUAACUGGACUUGGUAUGGUUACCUGCCUUGGAGUGGGGACAAAACAUGUAUGGGACAGACUCUUAAAUGGUGACUGUGGUAUUCAGAAGUUAACAGAUAAAGCAUUUGACCAAAUUCCUUGUAAAGUUGCUGGUGUUGUUCCAAGAGGAAAUAAUCCAGGGCAGCUAAAUCUUGAUGAGCACGUAUCUCCAGCAGAUCAAAGAGUGAUGUCCCUUGCUAGUACAUAUGCCCUUGUAGCAGCUGAUGAGGCAUUUAAUGAUGCAAAUUGGAGACCAAGCACUGUGGAAGAAAAACAACGCACUGGUGUGGCUAUAGGUAUGGGAAUGGUUGGAAUGCAGCAUAUUGCAAACGUUGGACAGAUAUUUAGAGAGAAGGGCUACCGGCAUGUCAGUCCUUACUUCAUUCCCAUGGUACUGGUCAACAUGGCUGCUGGACAUGUCAGUCUGCGAUACGGAUUACAGGGACCAAACCAUGCAGUUUCUACAGCAUGCACCACAGGACUACACGCUAUAGGUGAUGCAGCAAGAUUCAUACAGUAUGGUGAUGCAGACGUAAUGGUAGCCGGCGGAACGGAGGCUAGUAUCGACCCUCUCAGUAUUGCUGGAUUUGCUCGUAUGAGGGCCUUAAGUACCAAAUAUAACAGUACACCUGAACUUGCUUCAAGACCUUUUGAUAAAGACAGGGAUGGUUUUGUUAUGUCUGAAGGAGCAGGAGUAAUGAUUCUUGAGGAACUAUAUCAUGCGAAAAACAGGGGUGCAAACAUUUAUGCAGAAAUUCUGGGUUAUGGAUUAUCGGCUGAUGCACACCACAUAACUGCACCUAGUGAAGAUGGCACUGGGGCAUAUAAUUGUAUGAAAAAUGCUUUGAAACAUGCAGAUUUGGAACCGGAAAGUGUUGGGUAUGUUAAUGCUCAUGCAACAUCAACGCCUCUUGGAGACAAAGCUGAAAGUGGUGCAAUAUUUAAACUUUUUGGAAGACAUUGUGAUAAAUUGCUUAUUUCUUCAACUAAAGGUGCUACUGGACAUUUACUUGGAGCAGCUGGCAGUUUGGAAGCCAUGUUAACUGUUCUAGCUUGUCAAUCAGGGAAAGUUCCGCCCACAGUGAAUCUUAACCAGUCAGAUACUGGGUUUGAUUUAAACUAUGUAUUUAAGAAAUUUUCUAAUUGGCCAGAUAAGAAAAGAAUAGGAUUAAGUAAUUCAUUUGGAUUUGGUGGUACAAACGCUAGUAUUUGUUUUAGUAAUUCUGUUGGAGAUUUGUGAUGAUACUAUGUUUACUUUACUUUAAGUUUGAGUAUUUUGUAUGAAAUAUUUAUUGCAUAAUCAACAUUACACAACAGUCUUAUUAGCCAGUCAUGUUUGAAUUCAAGCAUGGUAAUGUAAAUUAUCUCUUAAUGCUUGGGCAGUCUGUGAUACCAUUUGAUUUCAAGGGCAUAAACUUUUGUGGUUAUGGCAAAGAUGACUAUUUUAUAGGGACUGAACCUGUAGAUUUCAAAUUCAAACGAUACAUUAAUUAGGAUUUUUGUUUGUUCACUGGGAUUAAAUUUCAGGGAUUGACACAACCUAACAACCUAAAUUCCAUGAAAAUUAAUCCAUUCUGAAUAUGAACGAUUUCACCAUGUUCACAGUACAUGUUGAUGCCAAUGCUGUUACAUAAGAUUAAUCAACAGUGAUGUUCUGAUUAAUCAUGGUCAACAAAAUCAUGAAUAAAAGGUUCAUGACAUGAUCAUUGGCACUUCAUUGUUGACAAAUUUUGGUGCCGUAAUAGUGUAUGCCGUGGAAGAAAGCUAAAUCUAGUGUCAUAUAACUGGUUGGUUUGGAAGCUGGUCAUUUACUUUGUUCCUGAAUUGUUCCUGAACAUCAUGCUUAAAAUUGGCAAAUAAUUUUUUUUCAUUGGUCUAAGCAAUAGUUUUGGUCAGAGUUCCGCUCUUUUGAUAUACAGUCGAAUAUUGUUACCUCGAUAUCGGUUAGCUUGAUACUCUGGUUAGCACGAUGUGUUUUAGUCAGUCCCGAUUUUUCUCUAUAUUUUAAUGUUAUUAUUUAUCAUUACCUUGAUAUGAUUAGAAUGAUAUUUUGUUUAGCUCGAUGAGAUUUUUCAGUCCCUUCAACUUACCUGUACUGUUUUUACACCUGGUUUCGUCGAUAUCACAGCUUGUCAAAAAAUAUCCAUGUUUUUUGUAAGGUGUGGAAAUCAACCUAUUGUUGUCCGACGAUGUAUUAAUUAUAGUUAGGAUAGUUUGUGUGUUUAUUUUGUUUGUUAAUUAAUCUUAAAUCCAAUUUAAAUGUCAGCAAGUUUGCAUUUAAUUCCCAGUUAUUAGUCUUUUAAAACUGUGUGCAAGCGGGCAAGCUGUUUUUCCAAUGUAACAAUUAAUUUGGACGAACUGUUUUCUGUCUGACGGGGUAAAAAUCUGCCAUUUAGGAUUGAGUAACAAUAUAGGUAUUUAACUGGAAAAUUGUUGUUAUCGAAGCACAGUCAAAAUAACAACUCAACAAGGAACAUUAUACCGCUGCAUUCAGACUUGUUUAGGGAAGGAUCCGGUAACCAACCCGGGGGGAUACCUAGCAGCUCUACCCACCAUGUUGUCAGUGGGGUAGGACCUGGUAACCAACCGAAUUUAGAUGUUUUAUUUGUCAAUAAAAUUAAGAUCGUAUUUUUGUUUUAUAUUAUUUCUUUCCCCUUCAAAACCUACUGAAAGCAGCAUGAGAUGUAAUGACAAUAUAGACCUCCUACACAGACAUAAAAUGUAGUCUCAGAUAGUCGAUAUCGUUACGUCGAACUUCGGAUACGUCGAUGCAAUUUUUGCAGUCCCUUGAAUAUCGAGGUAACGGUAUUUGACUGUAUUUGAAUUUCAUCAUGAUUAAUCUGUGAUCAGGCAGGUUUUGUAUUGAUUGAUUUACAUAUGUAUGUGGAAAUUUGUAAUGAUUUUAAACAUACUAUGCAGUUCAGUAGACAUAACCUCAUUUUAGCAUUAAUUAGACACCUGUCUCGGUAUGCUGCCAGUCUUAGUUGCAAUUGUAUUUUGAGGUGUGUUCAGUAUGUUAUGUUAUUGAAAUUGAAUUAAAUUUGUUAAUAUUUAUA